AUGAGAGUUGGGGCAGUAAAGACUUUUGCUUUAAAAACAAAAUCAAAUCUUGAGUUAAUUAAUUUUCUUUGUAUUUAUAUUUGUGAGAUUCAUAAAAUCAAAAAAAAAAAUUUAGAAUAUGGCAACAUAACAGCAUCAUUAGAGAGAUCUUUACAAAAUUUUUCAUUAAAUCAAAGCACAAAAACCCAACGCCGCGAAACCAGCAUCGGUGAUGGUGGUGGUGGAGGUGGUGGUUUAGGGCGAUCAGCAUCGUCUGAUUCGGCCGAAACAAUUGAUUAUCACAAAGAUGAUAACCAAAAUAGCCCCACAAAUUAUGAUGAUGCCGUAACACUAUCAAAUGCAUCUUCUUCAGAUGAUAAUUCCAAUUAUGUAGAACUUAACUCUCAUGUUUCUCUUCCUUACCAUUGGGAACAAUGCCUUGAUUUAAAGACAGGAGAAAUAUAUUACAUAAAUUGGAGUAAUGGGAUGAAACCAAAAGAAGAUCCAAGAACAAAAGCAACAGGUCACAAUAGUGAUUAUUCUUCAUCAGAAGAUGAUCAUGAUCAUGAUGUAGAAAGCAAAUGUUAUGAUAGUGAAGAAGGAUCGUCUACUGAAUCAUCACCAUGUUCAAGCGCAAGAAAGGAAAGUAAUUUUAGAUUGAUCAAAAAACAGCAAGAGUUGAACCAAGACUCAGUUUUAGUGGUAGCAGGUUGUAAAAGCUGCUUAAUGUACCGCAUGGUGCCCAAACAUGUGGAAGACUGUCCCAAAUGUUCUGGUCAGCUUCUUCACUUUACUACCAAUAAUUCUUCCCUUUAGAUUAUUACUCAAUUUGUGUCUCAGAAUUUGCAACGUCAAAGAAUGACCCUGCUCACAGUUCUAUUGGUCAGGAUACAUUGGGUCUAAUGAUGAUGAUAGAAUGACACAAGAUUAAGAAACGGUAUUGGAGAUAUUAAAUUAGUGUAUAUGAAUGGACAUGUUACAAAAUUAAAAAUCCAUAUAAAAGCAAAUAGUAUUAGCUAAUUCAAAAAACUAGAAGAAAUAUUAUCCUACAUUUGAGUUAAUAUAUCUUGGUACUCUCUCAGUCCGGAAUUAAUUGUCUUAGUUGUAACAAUAUAAUUUCAAAAUGAAGUAAUGUGACAAUUAAAUCCGGACAGAGGGAGUAAAUUUUCUCUAAUAGAAAAAAUUAUAAAUUUUUUUAAAAUUAUUUUGUAGUUUUUAUAAAUUGAAGGGGUGUUUUUAGAGUGUUGUCAACUUGUUAGUGUUUUAUUUUUUUAAAUUUGCUAUUUUAUAAAAAAAAUUACAUAGCAAAUUUAAAAUACAGAGUAAGUAUUUGGUAAUUAAUGGAAGAAGAUCAAAAAAUGUGUUUGGAGAACGAAUGGUUGAUUUCUUGAUGUCGACAUUCUAUAGCUUAGCUUCGUCUCUUUGUUCUUUCUCUUAUCUCCCAUCUCAUGCCCACGUUAUUAAUAUCAAUUUAUUUCUUUUUUGAAUUUUAGUCUCAUUUGAUUUGUUUAGUCAUUUUGUUUUUACUUUUAUCCCAUUUUUAUAUAAGUUUGUUUGAUUAUUCCCUCUUCUAACAUGUCUAAUUGUAACUUUUUUCAUUAAAUUUAUUCUAUUUUUAUUAUAAAUAUAUAUUGUUAUCAAUAACAAACUUAUCAGACAUGAUUAUUGUUUUUUUAUUUAUUGAUAUGUCAUAUUUUAUUUUUUCGAUGUCCCAAUAAAUUAGCUUUUGAUAUAGUGUUUUAUAAAGCGUUAAAUAUAUUGCCUAUAAUAUAUAAUAGAAAAGUGCUACGAAAAUUUAUGUUAGCAAUUACUUUUACGACUAAUAGUCUAAUAUACUCUUACUAACUUAGGAAAGGUUAGUGUGAUUGUUGAUUAUAGUAACUAUUAAUUUGAUUUUACUUAUUUUAGACGUAAACACCUAUUACAAAAAUGAACGAAGAAGAAGCCAUUUACGUAGUAUUAGUAAUGAAAGCAAAUUAAAUGUCGCCACGUAUAAAAAAGCGUUUAUAAUGUUUGAUUAAGAAUUAAGAAUAUUUUAUUAGCUUCACAUAUAUCAUCGUUGACUUGUCCUAAGUUUCCUUAUUGGAGUAUAUGUUAAUCCAAUGUAAUAUUUUAAUUAUUUAUAUAUUUAAUAAGAUCGUGAAAGUAUGCAACUAGAUUAUUUAAAUAAGAUUGAAUUGACUAUAUUUUGGCUGUAAUGUGUAUGAUAAACUUGAAUAAUAAACGAUAUCAAUAACCAUAAUGUAAAAUGUAUUUAAAAUUAAGUUCUUCCCAUUUAGAAUAUUUUAUUUUGGAGGGAGAAAUUUAAUUAAGAUUUUUAAGAUAUAUAUUAACGAUAAAAUAUAUCCAUGUUAGAUCUCGUUAGAUUUGUCUUAAUGUAUACUUUUUUAUUAUAUAUUUAUAAUUUUUUAUGAUUCUUAUUUAGAGAUAUUAAGGUGAAAAAAUAAACGUAAAAAAAAAGGAAGCGAAAGAGUAAAUAUUAUGCUAAAAUAAGGCUGAAGAGAUGGUAUAUAACCGAAAAUAUGUUUGGUUAGUUUGACCCUUAUUAUACGGGGGUGUCGGGCUGUUAGUUCCAUGCUACAACUUGGCUUGAAUUGGGUGCUAAGUGCUAACUCAUAAUCUACACCACUUCCCACCGUCAAUAAAUUCAUCUACAUCAAUGAAACAUAACAAAUUAUCGUCUUAGAGAUUUAGAGGCGAAAUCAGAAAUUUAAUUGAGUGGUUUUAUAUUAAUAUACACCCUUUUAUUUAUUGAGAAUAAGACAUUUUUAUAUUGGGCCGAUUCACUAAAAAUGAAAUAUUUUUAUUUUUGUCAUUCUUUUUUACCCUUUUACUCUUAUUACAACAACAACACAAUAAUACAUAAAUAUCAAUAUCCUUUAUGAAAAAAGAGGGUUUUCCACCCACUUUUAAGUGGUCCUCCAUCCCUCUUUGAUUUUUAGAUGAAAGUGUCAAAAGUUAUCAUAUGUGCAGUGUAUUUGAGCAAGUACGUCAUGUUGAUGGAUCGUGAUUGAUCUUCACCCACUAUUAAUUCCGCCCAUGUAAAAAUUAUGAAUUUGUCAUCUUCUAUUUACAUGAGUUUGCCGAUUUAAAUUUUCUACUUUUUAAUUAGAAUAAGAAUUGAUCUUUAAUUUUGACAAUAAAUUUUAAUUUAGGAAGACUGAAAAUAAAUUAGAGGGCAUGAGUGAAAAAUAAUAUAAUAAAAUUCAAAUUUACGAGUUGAAAUAAUAGGUAAUUAAAAUGAAUGAAAAAAGAAAAUCAAACUUUGUUAAUUCAUUGACUCUAUUUUUUGCGUUAAGAUAUUGCCAGUUUUGUAGAGUAGUACUCCUAUUUAAAUUUGUUUGGUGGUAGAAAUGUUGCAAGAGGUUCCCAUUACAAAAUGAUAUAUUUUCUCCAUUUUAAAAUACUCGUAUGAUAAUAAUAUGUUGUGUAGGAAAAUGUCAUUAUCAGUUACAAGUAUAAUGAAACAAAGGUAACAUGCAAGGGUAAUAGAGUAGCAAACAAAACAAGGUGACCUUUUUGGGUUCGUUGGGUUCGAAUUCUAGUUGUCAUUCGUCAGGAAAAAGUAAGAAGCGGGAAAUCAAAGCAAGUUUCAGCUAGUGAAUAUUUCCAAUAACUUGCAGGAACACGUAUAUGAUUCUGCGUCUCACUCAUUCAGCGUUAUUCAAGAGAUAUUGUCAAUCGUUUAACGUUAUUGUAUAUCAUAUAUCCAUAUUGUCAAAGAAAAUGAUGCAAAAUAAAUACAAAUUUUUUUUUUUUAAGCAAUAAGCCCAUUCUUUGCAAGUUAAAUCUUAAAUAUAUAUUUUACCACUAUGUUACAAACUAACAAUGAAAAGAAGAGAAAAUGUUUUCUUGAGUCUUGUGUUAGUUUAGUCUACAUUCUUGGUUUUUAUGUGCCCCAUUCUUCUUCC